CGAAGAUGGCUGCCGCUGGUCUCCGCCCGCGAGCAGGGCCCCAAAUGCCUGUCCUACCCAAUGCCUGCCAACCAAACAGCCAACGGAGGCUCUCCCACACCGGGUCCGGACAGCCUGGAUUGGCGCUUUGCCCUGGGCUUUGGGGCUGUGUUCACGUGUUGGAGAGACUUCUUUUGGUCCCCAGUGCUGACCCGUCUCUGUGUGCAGACUGGUUCCUGGGACCUCUUCAGUUGAAAGUGGUGAGAAGACCAAAAAGCUGUGUCUGCAUUACUAUCCAGACUAUUAUCCCCAAGAAAAUGUAACACAUGAAGAGAUUUCCUGCGAUCGCGCUGGCUUCCUGCUGGAGACAUGAUAUAAAGGGAAGGAAACCCACAGAAAUCAUUGAUGACAUGCUGAUUUGAGAGGUCAUCUGACUUUUGGAAACUCACCCAAAGACACACCACAAAAACAGUGGUAGAUGCAACCCUAGUCAAUAUUCAGUCUUGGGCUCUUCAACUUCAGAGUCUAUGCUUUUCACUGCUACUCUAUCCUGCAUACAUUACACUUUAGUGCGUAGGAUCCAGUGCUCUCGAUUAGAGUCUAGAAAUCAAACUUUAGCUGAGUUUUCUCUUGGAAAUUGAGGCAGAUGGAAAAUUUGAGGCAAGAGAAAAAUAAUAGGUUGCUUUUGAAAAUUACGAUAAUUAUGAACUUCCUCACGGUCAUAGACACAUUGUUGUCAUUAGAAAAAGCCAAUUUUUGUACUACUGAACUGGA